CGAAUUUCAUGUUUCAGAGAAAACCACGCGGUGAAAGACAAUACAAACUUAUUCCAAGGCGGAUGGUGUGAAGUUAGUCAGUAUUUCGGAUAACAGUUUGGACGAUGAAGGGAGGUCUAUCGGUGAUACGCCGUUAUACAGGAUGGCGAAGUUCUUGCAUAACCACGAACUUCACGUGAAACUGCCGAAUCUGAUUGAAAAGGACAAACUUAGCAAGAUUCUUUCGGAGUCUUUGAAAGCUAUCGACGAAUCGUAUAAGGAAAAAAAUGUAACCGGACGAGGCAGCAAAGGAGAUGGCGGCGGCUCCCUGGCGCUGCUUGGCUUGAUGUUCGCCAAGACCUUGGGAGCAGCUGGUAUCGGAGGCUUGGGACUUCUUACGAUGAAGGCCCUAGCGGUAUCUGCACUGGCGCUUAUGCUGUCUGCGAUAGUGGGGGUCAAGAAGUUGACCUCUCACGAUGACCACGAGGAUCACCAGGUCAUCUACGCGGGUCACCACGGCUCCCACAGGCGAAGACGGGAUACACCACUACCUUACCAGGCGCUGCCAUACCAAGGAUGGGUGGAUGUGAAGAAACGGGAUUAG